AUUUUAAGGGUGCAAAGUGGGAUUAAGCCAUUUUCAAACAUGGGUAGGCCGAUUAAUGGGCUGGAUCUGUUUAUUCAUGGGUUUAAUUAUCUAAUAAUAUAACCCGACCCGUAAAUUAACCGAGUCGGUUUAGAAAAAUCAGGAGCACCAAAACCCAUGAACACACACAAAAACCGCGAACAAUUUUCCUUUCUGUUUUCAUCAAAUCUGGCUGCAAAAGAUCCGCUAAAUUAUCACCCAAUGCGAAUCCAUUAUACAGAUCCUUUCCCCGUGAAUCCUCAACCCUAUAAUGUUAUGGAAACCCUCGCAUUAUCCAGCUUUUGCCUCAAUUAUGCUGUUGGUUUCGGCAGGGUGUACCAUGCAGGGGAAGGGGUGCAAUUGCACGAAGAAUCGGCUUUUACUGAGACCAAUCUAUUUAACUGGCAGGCAGUUUACCUGGAGGUGCAUUGCUCUCCCGAGAAGGAGGUAAACAGAGCUACAUUAUCAUGUCUGAAGAUACAAAUAUGAGGGUUUGUAUGGGUUGUGACUAUGUCCGUAAUGUAGGAUAUAUGGAAGGACUCACGGAAAAAAUCGUGUCAGAACUUCCAGUAGAUUGUUUGCUAGAAUUCAAGUUGGUUUCCAAGUUCUGGUAUAAGUUGAUAACUGAACCAACAUUUGAUCAGUUGCAAUUUGAUUGUGCUCCAAAAGACCCGAAGCUUAUUUUGCAUCUUGGUAGUCAGGACUCUAACACCGAUGAAGAUCUGUUUUUGAUGGACAGAGAUGGAGUAGUUAGUGAAUAUGUGUCCCUUCCUUAUCUUGAAGAGGAUUCAUCUUUGAAAUUGCUCUGCUCCUUCAAUGGACUAGUCUUCUGCACUAAAUCAGUGGGAGAGGAUGAAUUGGGAAUCCAAGUUGUCAAUCCUGCCACCCAGGAAGUUCUAGAAAUUCCUGGAACUAGUCCAUCUGAAAUAACGGAAUCAGUUGGAGUUCUCUUCGACACCAAGAAAAAUGGAUACAAAAUCUUCCGUUUUCUCUAUGAUGAAUCUGAAUCUAACGACAACAGUAAUUGCAAAUGCGAAGUUUACACACCCGAUACUAGAGAAUGGAGAAAAAUUUCCGGGAUUGUGAAAGGUCCUGUGCCCAAUCUUCUUAGCCAUUUAUUCCCUUCACACGUAUGUGUUGGAGGAAUAAUGUAUUGGUUAGUUUGGUCCGAAGAGGACAUUGAAGUUCCUGGUUAUAUUCUUUCGAUAGAUAUGGAUGAAAACAUCACCAGGGUUGAGCUACCAACGAUUGUGAUUUCUGACGAACCAGGAGGAGGAGAUGUACAAAUGGUCGAUGCAAUAACUUUCAAUAUACUGACUUUCUUGACUGAAUACGAAGGUAGUUUGGCAUGUGUGAGUGUCGAUGACGACGAAAGUAAUGUGUAUAUAUGGCUAUUGACAGAUCACGGUAAAUCAACCUGGUGUGGUAAAGGCGGUGCUCCACUUCUGAUAGAUGCCUCACUUGGUGGCAUCAACUCUAUAGUUUCAGUUGAUAAAGAAUUGCUGUUUAUUCUAAAUCCUGAUAUGGAGAACCACUUCUUCUUCCACUUCCUGAAUGUGGAGGAAAUGACCUGGAGAAUAUCUUGUGAAGGAGUUUUCAAAAUUGGAGAAUGUGAGCCGUUUGUGCUUCCGUAUGCUGAAAGCCUCUUCAGAUGUGAUUUUCGGCAAGUAACAAGCGAGGCGAGAGAACGCUUGAUCAAAAUAGAAAAUGAUGUUAAUGGCAAUUCUUAGUUGAGCCAUUGUCUGAGUGGAUGAUGCAGAAGUUCUUCACUGGGAGUGGUGUCUUUUGCUACUUUGAUUUUGGAGUAAAAGUCGGUGACUUCACCGCAACCCUUUUUUUUUUUUUUUGCUGCUUUUAUUUUGAAGAUUUUCUUCAACUUGUGAUUAUGGGAAUGCUUGACUGUUGAUUUUUGACGUGUUGGAUUGUUUUUUAACUUCAAAGUCUAAUUUCCCCAACCAAAUAAGACUUUGUUGUUUUAUUGUGAGUGGUGUGGUGGGAUACUUUUAAUUUUUAA